CAGACUCCGUCGUGUCCGGUCACGCGCCACCUCACUCUAUAAAAGUUAUCUGUUUAUUUUUCAUAUUUGAAUAAGUGCCAUACGGUUUUAGGAUUGCCAAAGCCAUUGUGGACUGAAGGACGGUCACCACAGCAACACCGUCAUUGGAACAGGCAGAUGACUACUUAAGCUGUCAACCAUGUGUGCCACUUGGGAUCACUGGCAUGCAUCACUGAAGUUUCUGUAACUUGAUCUACAAACAGUGAAUGUUGCAAUAAACCAAAGACUAGCUUUUAAAGAAAGAUAAAUAAGAUAAAACUACUGAAACUUAUGUGCAAAGCUUUGCCACUCUCUGUUACUGGCAAUAAUUAUGCGUCAGUAACCAUUUGUUUUGCUGCACUCAGUAGCAGUGAUCAUGGCCGUUAGGAAAUCUCUAUUUCGUUAUAUUUCUGUAGAUGAUUCAAACCCAGGGACACCCCUCAGUAGAGGCCCUAAGCCCGAUGCACGUUUCAUUGCGCUGCUGGAAGCACUGAAGGCACGAGAAAUUCAAGGAGUCCGAGCACAGUUACUUCAGGGAUUUCCAGUCAACCACCGGGAACCAGCUCUAGGUAACAAGACGCCACUCAUCUGUGCCUCAGAGUAUGGCUUCGUGGAGGCUGUGGCGGAGUUACUGGGUGCAGGAGCUAACGUCAGCAUAGCGGACUCUGCAGGGGCUACACCACUACACAUGGCUGCUGGAGGUGGGCACCUUUCCACAGUAAGACUCCUCCUUGCUCAUGGUGCCCAUGUGGACCCACUCGACACUCACGCCAGUACCCCUCUCCACUACGCUGCUCGAGCUGAUAAGCAAGACCCCAAGAGCAGUAGUGUGGUAGCUGUCGUAGAGGUGCUGCUGAGAGCGGGCGCACGGUGUGGUCUGAGAGAUGGAGAAGGACGUUUGCCCUUACACAAUGCCGCCACUGCAGGCAGUGCCAAACUUAUCAAAGUCCUCGCUGCUGGGGCUUACAAAGCUACAGUUAAUUUAAAAGAUAAUGAAGGACGUACGCCGCUACACUGUUCCGUCCUUGGAGCACGGUCUCUGGAUGCUGUGGCAGCCGUGCUUGAGCUUGGGUGUAACAUAGACUCCCGGGACUCCCAGGGCCACACAGCUCUGCACCUGGCAGCUAAGAGACAGGUUAACUACGUGGACGACGAGUUCGACGGAGCAUGUUUGGAGCUGCUCUUGUCGCACGGUGCUUCAGUAGCUGCCAAGAAUGAUGAAGGCUACAAUGGUCUAUCUCUAGCCUUGCGGCGCACCAUGUGGUGGGGUCGUCCAGGAGCUAGAGAUUAUAUCCUGCAUGCUGUGCAGCAGCUGGUAGCUAAAGGUAGCUGUAUACAAGACGGGUUUGCCAUGUGGAGGAUGGUUGAAAGCUUCCCUUCACUCGUACCUGUGGCUCUUAACAGAUCAGUGUGUGCCAACACGUCUGCCCGCGACUCUCCUCAUCUUCGUCUUGACUUUGAUUUUGGUCCAUUGUCGGUAAAUUCUAAGCAACUUAGAGAAAUUCACCGUCAAUCUCCACUAAACCCACAAUCAGAGUUGCCACCACCGCUUCUUAGGGAUUCUGAAGUAGCUAUGUUGCAUUAUAUCAUGUGGGCCGGGCGCAAGCAACUCCUACUUCACUCACUCUGCAAGUCCUUCCUUCACUUUAAAUGGUCAAAAGUUCGAAAAUACUUUCUUGCUAAUGUUAUAUUUUACUUUCUUUUUGUAUUGAGUCUCACUGCUUUCCUGCUGUCAUCCAGUAACUGCCCGGAGAGUAUUAAUAAGGACAACAAUGAGACAUUUACAGGAAGGCCUAAGGUCCGUCACACAGCUGGGAGCAACGGUACAACUGUUGUGUGUCGGUGGGCCGGGGAGGAGGCCGGGGUGGUGGGCCUAACAUGGUGGUGUCUAGUCAUCUUUUCUGCCUUACUCGACUUUCGGGAAGUUAUCCAACUGAUGCAGAAUCCGCUUAUAUACAUCUACAACCUUGGGAAUCUCUUAGAUGCUGCUUUAGUAUUCUGUGUGCCACAGCUGUUGGUAGGAGGUUCGGCAGAUGAAACAGCAACCAAUGGAGAACUGGCAAUGUGUUGCCUAGCAAUAUGGCAGCAGCGUGUUGCUGCUAUUGCCAUAAUAUUGGCCUGGGUGAGGCUGAUGCUCUUCACAGGGCAGUUCCCCAGCUGUGGCGUCUACAUCGUCAUGUUCUCUACCGUGGCCAGAAAUGUGCUGAAGUUUCUAGCCAUGUAUGUCUUCGUGUUGGUGGCCUUCUCUCUGGGGUUCUACGUCCUCCUGCGCUCACUCCCCACCUUCAGGACGCCUGCCACUGCCCUCAUCACCUCCCUGGUGAUGAUGACGGGGGAGCUGGACUACGAGUCUACCUUCCUGGCCGAACCAUCUGGCUCCUCGGUGCUCUGUAUUUUCAUCUUGGUGGUUUUCAUUGUGUUGGUCUACAUCAUCCUCUCCAACCUCCUUGUGGGUCUCGCUGUCAGUGACAUGUAUGCCAUACAGCAGAGGUCAGAGGUUCUACGAUUAACACGACAUGUGGAGCUGAUGAUCCAGGUGGAAGCUUUGUUUAGGAAUCGUUUCCUUCCCCAGAAAUUGCAACAGUGCCUCCUCAACAGUAUUGGAAUUAUGGGAUCUAAGGAGAAGCCCACUCUCUCUGUUUACCCCAAUCUCGAACGGGGUUUUAGUGACUGUUUGUUCCUGUUCUUCUCCAGGGUGAUUGGAACACGACGGCUGAUGAUUAAACUGUUUGAGAUAUUCAUAUCUGGGUUCAUUCCUCCUGAGCCUGAACCAUCACUUCCCUCGCAGCUCAUGAGAGAGGCUGUUGAUGUGGCACUGCGGGAGCAUGAAUUAGAUAAGAGAGAACGCCUCUUACAUCUUCGCGCUUUGCAAAUUGGAGCAACUGGGCACCAAAGACAAGGGCAAUUAGGGCAACUAGCACAGACACAGCUGCCUAUCAAUCAAACCACACUCACCAGAGGGCCAUCAUACAUAAGACCUACAAAUGUAGCUGUUCGAUCUUCCUGGCGCUGGACUUUUAUGAGUGAUACAGAUGGUGAAGAUGACGCUGUUAACAUGACACCAGGACAUGGCCAGCCUUCUAUUUGGUCAUCUUCUCAUCCUGUGGCAACACAACGAACUGUUAUUCCAGAUCCAAAUGCACGCUUGGAAGAACUCAGAAAUAUGGUUCUUCGCCUGGAGGCUAAAAUUGAAUCACUUUCUGUAGUCAUACAGCAACAAGAAACGGAUCAUCUAACACUUUCCCAAACUACAAAUGGAGUUGAACCAGAAGUAACUGUGUAACAUGAAAAUUAUUGCCUCACUCAACACCGGAGAAUGUUUCAAGCACUGUAUCGUCUAGUACUUAUGAUAACCAAGUAGCUGGAAGUAAAUACAGUACCCUACACAUCAGAUUUUGUGAUAAAAUUUAUAUAUAUGCAGUCUGCUGGUUGUUGUUAUUGUACUUUAUGCUUUAUUUUGUCUGGGAUCACACUUUCUUCAGUAGAGAAGCUGCAUUUCAUCUGUCUUCAAUUUUAAUGACAAAAAAGCACACAAAUUCUUUACUGAAGAACUCUACCAGCUGGUUUGGCUAACAUAAUGCUCAAUGAGCUGCUACUCAUUGGAGCUAAAAAAACUAGAAUUGUGUGUAGUUACAUGAUGAAAACUACACUUGUGGUGUCCCAUCUUCCCAGUACUGUCAUAUAAUGCUUUGAAACUACUGAUGGUUUUGACCUCCACCACCACCUCACUUAAAUUGUUCCAGCCGUCUACCACUUUGUUUGCAAAGAGAACUUUUUUAUAUUUUUUGGCAUCUUUGUUUCCUUAACUUGAAUCUUUGACAUGUUCUUGAAGUGGCGAUUUCAAAAAUUCUUUGUUGUCUAUUUUUAAAGAUUCUUGUUAUUAUUUUGUACAUAGUGAUCAUAUCACCUCCUUUCUUCUAGCACUGGCAUGUUUAAUGCCUCCACCCUCUUCUCAUAGUUCAUGUUUUAAAGUUCCAGGAGCCAUUUAGUAGUACAGUAUGUCUUUGCAUCCUUUCUAAUUUGUUAAUAUGCUUCUUGAGAUAUGGGCACCACACACCACUGAUGAAUAUUCCAAUUUUGAUCUAAAAUUGUGUUAUCAGUCUCUUAAAUAUUUCUCCAUCAUAUAUUUAAACACAGUCCUGAAAUUUGCUAGUGUAGCACAGGUUUCUCUCACAAUACCCUUUAAGUAGUCUUCCGGAGGCAACUUACCAUCCAGAACCACUCCUAGAUCUCUUUCCUUGUCAGAGGUUCUUAAUAUCUUUUUACAUAAUUUUUAAGUUAAGUGUGUCCUGUUCUUCUCUUUUCUGCAUUCCAUGGCAUUUGUUUAUGCUGAAUUCCAUUUGCCAUAAUCUCCACUAAAUUAUGUUGUCUAGGUCAUUUUGAAGGUCAAUACAGUCAUUAAGUACCUAAUUCUCCAUAGCAAUUUUGUUAUUGAGCUUGCAUGCUUAUUAUGCUUGCAUCAUCUGCAAGCAUAAUGUAAUUGUAUUCCCUCUGGUAGAUCAUUUAUAUAUAUAAUAAACAUUAUCAGUGCAAGAAGUAAACCUUGACGUACUCUGGUAGUGAUAUUUCUCCCCUUGGUUACAUUUCCUCUGAUCACUGCUCGUGUUUGUCCGUUAACACAUUUCUCAUAAAAUUUAGAAGCCUGCCUGUCACCCUGUCAAUGUGUUCAAACUUUCAGAAGUUAGAACUGUGUGGGACUUCUCCUGUGUGUGUGGUUCUGUCAAAGUUUUUUUUUUUUUUUUUAAAGUUCAGGAAUAUACAAUUGGCCCAACCUUCCCAUUCCUGCAGCAUUACGUAGAAACCAAGUAGAUUUGUUACAUAAAAACCCUCCCAUUUGAAAUCCAGUUGUCUGUCCAUUAUUAUGUAGCUACUUUCCACGUACUCCGUCCAUUUGAUUUUAAUAAUUUUUUCUAUUGAUUUACGACCAAGCUUAUGAAUUAUAGUGUAGUGGAUCUGCCCUGUUUCCAUUCUUAUAGUUUGGAACUAUGUUUGCCUUUUUUUUCAUGUCAGCCAGGUUCCCUAUUGGUAAGGAUGUUUGGAAGAUAAUCUGCAGUGGGGCACUAAUCUCAAAUGCACAUUACCAAAGCCAGACUCCAGCUGGUCCAACUGCUUUAUUUCUGUUUAGCUUCCCCAGCACUUUGGAACACACUUUGGAACAUUUAGUGUUACACCCAUUUCAUUUUUGGUCUCUUCAGUCUUUCUCCCAUUUGUACUCUUGGGAUUUAAUUUUUCCACUUGCAAUUUGCUUUUUAUAAAUUUAUAGAAUAGGCCGGGUUCUGUUUUACAUUUUGCAAUUUCUUCGUCUCUUCUCACUGGUGUGUAGUUGUUUCUUACUGGUUUGUAGUACUGUACUGGUAUGUUUUAUAGGUUUGGCCUCUUCUCAUACUGGUUUUAUUUUUCCAUCUAUUGUUCUAAGGUCUUCUUCCAAUUUGUAUUAAAUCACUCACUUUCUAUACUUGCUUCUCUGUUUCAGUAUUAAUGUUUGGCUGCCUUUCUCAUAUCUUGUAAAAGGUGGCAUAUGUCUCAUUUAUUUUCAUAGCUAACAACAAAUCAUUCUAGUCAAUCCCAAUAAAAAACAUUCUUAGAUGCCUGUACUGUCAUUUCUUAAAAUUAAGUUUUUCUUAUUGUAUUACUUUCUCCAUUAUCUUCCCUGUUCACUUACCUAUUGAAGGCAUGUACUGUAUAUUAUAGAAUCUUCCUCAUUCCUGGUCAAUAUUAGUUACAUUAUGAACGUUCCCUUCCUUCAUUCUUGUUGUUUGACAUGCUGGUAAAGGAAGAGGUUCACAAAUCUAUUGAUCUAGAAAUCUUCUGUCCUUGUAUCACAGGCCUUCCAGUCUACUGUUUUCAUUAAAAGUCUCCAAGUAGCAUGAAUCAUGUGGGUAAGAAUGGUGGGUUUCCCCUGCAAGUAGUUAUGGAACAGCAUAGAAACGGGAAAUAAACGCCAAACAAAAAAGAAAUUUUACACCAGUUUUUGUUUUAUCAAUUUAAAAAAUGUCUUGUGCAGAAUUUGCAUUUUCCAAGAAUUACGAACAUAAUCCAUUGUUCCACAAGAAAAUAACAUUUAAAAAUUUAAAGCAGCAGUAUCAUAUUCAAAUAUAAAACAAUACUGUAUUAAGUUAUAUUAUAUGUGGACAACUACAGGAAUGUGGAGGUGCUUGUUAAUCCAGGAUGAUAUAUAUAGUUCUAUGAAUGAUAUGAUGAACUGACUAGUGAUAAUUUAUUUUCAUUGAUGUCUAUAACAUUCUUUCAGGCUGGAUCAGACUGUCUACUGCAUAAAUUUUGAUCUACAAAUUUGUUGACUAAUUGAUCUGAAAAAAAAAAGCUCUUUAUACCUAUCCACAAGACAAAUAAUACAAGUGCUGUGAACAAAUUAUACACUGGUGCAAAACUGAGUUAAAUAGUAACACCCACAUGGUCACAAAUUGUCCAAGUGAUACCUGGCAGUGGUGACUUCUUUAGCUUGUAUAUUAACCACAAACACUAAGAUUAUCACAUCAUUAUUCCAGGUGCAUUUCCAAAUUUAAGAAAUGGUGUGAGCAAAAAUUGGCUCUUACUCUUCUCAAUAAUUCAUGCAUAAUUUGGGAUUAUUAUGUAACACAAUAAUUAAUAACACUAACCUUGAUGAGUCCAUCAGUUUACAAAGCCAUUGAGUUCAGUCACUAUCAAAGCAAAAUACUCUUAUAAUCUCAACUUUAAAUGCCUUUUAUGGGGGUUAGUUAAUGUAUGGUGUAAUUACAAAAGUGAGUAAAUCUAGAAGAUAUACGUUUGACAUUGCAGAAUAAUUGCCAAAUAAGCCUACGGGGUAUUUACCUUGGUACUAUACAACCCUGCAUAUAUCAUGAAAGGCAAACCUAGAUCCUGCCUUGCCCAACCACUUGGGGUGGACGGUAGAGCGACAGUCUCACAAGUCGGCGUUCAAUUCCCGACCGUCCAAGUGGUUGGGCACUAUUUCUCUAUCCUAAAUCCUUAUCCUGAUCCCUUCCAAGUGCUAUAUAGUGGUAAUGGCUUAGUGCUUCCCCUGAUAAUUACCACCUUGCCUAGAGGCUGACCUAUGCAUAAUAGUAAGGGUUCCCUGUAUAUAUGUUGCCACCAUAUAUAAGUGUGUACAAAACAAAAGUGUGGCGACUCGAGUCUGUGAUAUGUGCACUGUAAAUAUUACAUCCAUUUCUCAUAAAGUGUUUCAUCAUCAUUCCAGAAAGCUUAUUUAUGUAAAAGAAGAAAUUAUUUGAUGUAAAAACAUUCAAGCUAUUAAUUUUUAAGAAUUUAUACUGAAUAUUUUUUUUAAAUAUAAUAUAAUUAAAAAAUUUGCUUCUUCAUCAUCCUGUCAUUAAAUAAUGGGGCAAUAGGUCUUCUGCAGUUUCAUUUAUUUAUAUCUUCCAUUUAGUAAUUGUAACCAAGUGUAAUGCUAACCAUUUUCUCUAAUACAGUACUAUAAAAAUUAUUAUAAAUUCCAUAGAGCUAUUUAUUUACAAGUACUGUAUUUGAGUUUAUGUAGAGCUUACAAGGUUUUGAGAGAGA